AUGUACACGGGAAGACAUCAAUCCUUGAAGGCAUCGACCACCGCCAGCAAUGGUUUACACCCACCUUCACGCCGGCUCUACGCCUGGAAGACCAAUCCUGCCUACGAAGCAGAAGCACAACCCACCGUGAUCAGCGAGGAUGGGAGCAAAACACUGCGGACCAGGAAAUAUGGGAACAAGAGCUUGCCUCUACCGCCGAUCAUGGAUCCCAUAGCCAUUGCGGGAAAGCAGAGGCACAAGCAGAUGAAGGAACGAGUUGUCAAGAGAGAAGAUGACUUGAGUGAAUUUGAGCAGAAGCUUAGGCUCAAUCCAUUCGCCCACGCCCUCGCGACCGACAUCCGCCAAUGCCGCCUCACGCAAGCUCUCCUGCCCUCCCACUUCCUCGUCCCCUUUGCAGCCGACAUUCCCGCUCCAGACGAGCAACGAAAGCCAUCGCUAGUGCCGGCACUACGCUCUAAGGUCCAGGGCAAAUCGUAUAUCAUAGGUACUCGGGAAGCGCUGGAGAAUGUCAGCGACAAAAAGAGUAGAUGGCAAGUGAUGCUCAAUGAACAGGUCAAGGCUUGCGCUGUGGCUGCAAUGGGGAAGCAGCUUACGCACAAGGAUUGGUCUUGGGAUGUCGAUACGCCCGAGAUGGUCUUGCAACAACUGAGGGAGAAAGCCGUAGAGUCAUUGAAAGGCUGCUUGGGUCGACAAGAGGGGGAAGAUCUACUGGUGCAGCUAUCCGGGGACGGUCCCGUGGAAAGAAAUGAUUUGGCUUGCAUCCUUACAUCUACAGGAAUUGCGCCAGCGAGGGAGUCGACGACUGUCAAAAGUGUGCCAGUCUACAACCUUGACACGCUUCUGGACCCCGAACAGCUCGAACACUUCAUGCAAACCUCCACUCGCAAGGGUUUAGUCAGGCACAAGCGGACUGUCUUUACCGUCACGGCCUUGGAGAAGCUUCGUAACUACGUCCGAGGAAAUGAAAAAGACCACUUUUCUUGA